AUGGACAACAUUGAAAAAUCACCAGCCCAAGACUCGCGAGAGCCUUCGGAGCCUGAAGUGUUCACCAAGGAUGUGAAGCAAGUGGAUGGUGCUGCUCUCUUCCUGGCCGAGGCAGACGUCGAGAGCGCAAGCUUUUCUGCGGCACAAGAGAAGAAACUGCUCCGCAAGAUAGACUGGAUCUUGCUCCCAAUGCUUUUCCUCACUGCUACGCUCGGUGCUGUCGACAAAGUAGCACUCUCAACCGCUGCCAUCUAUGGCCUGCGUGAUGAUAUCCAUCUCCACGGCCAGCAGUAUUCAUGGCUGGGAUCGAUCUUGUCCUUGGGUGCUCUCGUGGGCAUGUUUCCUUCCUCUGCACUCAUGCACAAAUUCCCAUCCGCCAAAUACCUCUGCUUCUGCUCGUGCGGGUGGUCAGCCAUGGCGUUGGUGUUCCCUGCAUGCACCAGCUGGCCAGGCCUGAUGGCGGUGAGAUUUAUCAUGGGUGCCUUUGAAGCCAUCAUUGUACCCGGAAUCUCAGUGUUGAUUGCAGGCUGGUACAAGAAAGAAGAGCAGCCUCCACGCAAUGCGUUGGUGUUUGCUGCAGCCAGCUCGGUCUUCAAUGGUUUUCUGUCCUGGCUCAUCGGCUACAUACCUGAAACUGCUGCACUCUCCAGGUGGCAGUAUCUAUACCUCCUGGUUGGGUCGAUCUCUAUGGCAUGGUCGAUCUUUGUCUUCAUCGCCCUUCCAGACUCACCCAUCAACGCUGGCUUUCUCACCAAAGAAGAGAAAGUUUUUUGGAUUCGCCGUCUCUCCGAGAACAAGACUGGAAUCGUUAAUAAGACCUGGAAGUGGGACCAAGUCCGUGAGGCACUUAUGGAUCCCAAGACUUGGAUUAUUUUCUUCUUUAAUAUAUCCAUCAACAUCCCCAAUGGCGGAUUGACCACUUUCAAUGGCAUUAUCAUCAAAAAUCUUGGCUUUACCUCCAAGGAGGCUUCUUUGCUCUCCAUGCCAACUGGAGUGAUGUCUACACUGGCGUCUUUCACCUUCAGUUUGAUCGCUGCGAAGUGGAACAACCGUCGCUGCUUGGUGACAGUCUUCGCCUGCUGUGUUCCAAUCAUCGGCACUGGAAUUUUAUACGGUGUCAGUCGCACCUCCAUUCCCGCACAAAUGGUGGGUCUCUACCUCGUGUACACGUACUUCGGUCCUUACGUGGUGGGUAUCUCUUUGGCCCAGGCCAACACAGCGGGUAACACCAAGAAAAGCGUCUCCUUCGCCAUCCUCUACAUUGGAUAUGCAGUUGGUAAUCUCAUCGGUCCUCAGACCUUCCGUGCUAGCCAAGCUCCUGCGUACACGGGUGGUGUGGUUGCAAUGCUGUGCUGCUACUGUGCGUGCAUCGUUCUGAUUCUUGUGUAUUGGUUUGUGUGCCUCAGAAGGAAUCGACGCGUGAUAGAAGCGCGGGACCCGGUGGAGGCGGUAGAAGAGAACUUCCAGGAUACUUCGGACUGGAAACAGCAUGGAUUCAAGUAUACUACAUAG